GGAAGCGCAGCUCAUUGCUGGAGAAGAAGAAGGCGGGGGGAGGCACCAGAAGCUUUUUUGGAGCAGGGUCUCGUGUCACCUUGCACUGCGCUGACUCGCCCCCUCCUUCUUCCCGCUGCCCACAACAACACGGCUUGACCCAUCCGUCCAUCCAUCCACACAAACAAACCACCCAUCCAUCAGCUCCCCAGUUGAAGUGAGGGGCCCCUGGACAUAAGGUAGCGCACGGCGGAUACUACCCUCCACUCUAACCUACCUCCACUCGUGGUACCUAAUUUUUUUUCUUGUCAGUGACCAUCCCGGGGCGCUCGUUCCAACCACUGGCCCCCAGCCCGUAGCGCGAGUGAGCUUCAAAUAUCCCCGGAUCCCCCCUUCUCUUGCUCCAACGGCGUGAGAGAUCUUCCCUUCUUUGUAUCACACCUUACAGUCGAAGACGGCGAGCUCCUCAUCUGAUCUCAAUUAAGCUCUUCGCUGAAUCAACACCAUGUCUGACGACAAGAAGAUCGAAAACGUCGCCAUUGACGCUGACAACCAUGUCGCUGAUCCCGUUCCCGACCAUGAGUUUGACACCAGCCAGCUUCCCGGCGGCUGGAUGUACAAGGUCUUCAGCAUCGGCCUCGGCAAAACUUGGUAUGCUUCGCCUAGCUUCCAGCUUUUCAUGAUUUCCAUGGUCUGCUUCCUCUGCCCGGGCAUGUUCAACGCCCUCGGUGGUCUUGGUGGUGGUGGCCAGGUCGACAGCAAUGCUCAGACCAAGGCUGCCACUGCUUUGUACUCGACCUUCUCCGUUGUUGGUUUCUUCUCUGGUACCUUUACCAACCGUCUCGGUACACGUUUUGCCGUCGCUUUCGGUGGUCUCGGCUACGCCUUGUACGCCGCCUCUUUCCUCAGCUACAACCACAACUCGAACGAAGGUUUCGUCAUCUUCGCCGGUGCGUUCUUGGGUGUGUGCGCCGGUCUCCUUUGGUGUGGUCAGGGUGCCAUCAUGAUGUCUUACCCCACGGAAAAGAACAAGGGCAAGUACAUUUCUUGGUUCUGGAUCAUCUUCAACUUCGGCGCUGUUCUUGGUUCGCUCAUCCCCCUCGGCCAAAGCAUCAACAACCCCGAGCAGCAAGCAGCCAAUGAUGGUACCUACGUUGCCUUCAUUGUCCUCAUGGCCCUUGGUCUUGUCCUCGCUCUCUUCCUUUGCAACGGUAACCAGGUCAUUCGUGACGAUGGAUCCAAGGUCAUCAUGAUGAAGAACCCUACAUGGCAGACUGAAAUCUUCGGCCUAUGGGAGACCCUCAAGACCUACCCCGCUGUCAUUCUCCUGUUCCCCAUGUUCUUCGCCUCCAACAGCUUCUACACCUACCAGCCCAACGGUUUCAACGGCCAGCACUUCAACUUCCGUGGCCGCUCUUUGAACGGUCUCCUUUACUGGCUCGCCCAGAUUAUUGGUGCCAUGAUCAACGGUUACGCCCUUGAUAGCCCCCGAUUCAAGCGUAGCACUCGAGCCCGUGCCUCUUUUGUUGUCCUCUUCAUCCUCACUUUCGUCAUCUGGGGUGGUGGCUAUGCUUUCCAGAAGGACUCUCCUGAUCGUUACACCACCUCUGAGGACAAACAGUGGAUUAAGGACAACCGCAUUGACUGGACCAACGCUCGCUUCAUUGGUCCCAUGUUCCUUUACUUCUUCUACGGCUUCUAUGAUGCCAUCUGGCAAACCACCAUUUACUGGUACAUGGGUGCUCUGUCCAACUCUGGCCGUACUGCUGCCAACCUUGCUGGCUUCUACAAGGGUAUUCAAUCUGCUGGUGCCGCCGUCUUCUUCGCUCUCGAUACUGCUAAGCUCGAGUAUACUACCAUGUUUUACGUUACAUGGGGCCUCCUCGCUGUUUCUCUCGUCAUUGGCGCCCCUCUCAUUCUCUUCAAGAUCCAGGACCACGUCACUCUUGCGGAGGAUCUCCAGCACGUCGACGAGACCGCCGAAGACGUCGUUGCUUUCAGCGAGAAGCCUGUUGCUUAAAGGAUGGAAUGCUUGACGUUGUUGUAUAAUGCUUGUAUUUAAACAGCGGGUCAAAGUUGUUUUUGGUUUAUUAUUUUAAUUGGCGAUACUCCCUACAGCCGUAAACAGUUGAGUUCUUAUUUACAUAUAUUUCAAAUCUUAUCGAGUUUUGGUGCCU